GCGCACAGCUCACACGUGAGAUUGAAGCGCCAGGCCUCGGACGGGACCGCCAUUCCUGAGCGGCUUUUCCCGCUGCUCCCGCCCGGCUCAGCUCACAGAGGGCAAUGGCGGCGCCCCCGCUGAGGAGACGGGCUGAGGUUGGCGUGGCCUUUGAGGACAUUGUCCUGUACUUCUCCAGGGAGGAAUGGAGCCUCCUUGAUGAGAGUCAGAGACAGCUGUACCUGAAUGUGAUGCUGGAGAACUUUGAACUUACAUCCUCCCUGGGUUGCUGCUGUGGAGCAGAGAAUGUGGAGGCAGCGACUGAACAGAAGAUUUGUGUAAAAUUGUCACAGGAAAGGAUUCCACAGUUAUCCUUGUCUUCCCAGAAGAGCCACCCCUGUGAGAGUUGUGGACUAGUUUGGGGAAACAUUUUCCACAUGAUGGAGCUGCAGGGAACACAAUACAGACAGAUACUGUUGAGGUGUGGGGCAUGUGAAAAACAAUUUUAUUUCAGUGCAAAAUGUCACCAGCAGCAUGUGAGAGAGAAGACUUCCAUUAGAAGCGUGGAAAGGAUCUCACUUGCAAAUAACUGCAAUUUCAAGGUGUCUCAAAAUCAUUUCACCUGUAGGGAGGUUGGUCAGGGUAUACAUUCCUGGUCAGGACAUCUCCACCUAAUGGCUACUCAGACCAGGGACAGGACAAAUGAUAUUUCGAAGUGUGGGGUGAAGUUUCAAAGGAGAAAAAAAAACACAAGAAAAGAAUAUAACAAAGUCAUUGGCUGCAAUCACACCUUUAUACAGGAUAAAUGUUUCCAUGCUGGAAGUCAGUGUUUUCUGUGCUGUGAAUGUGGAAAUUAUUUUACCAAAUUUUCUAGCUUUCAUUAUCAACAGAGAGUUCACACUGGAGAAAACCCUUAUGAGUGCAGUGAAUAUGGGAAUACUGUUACCAAUAACAGUGGCCUUCGUUGUCAUCAGAGAGUUGACACUGGAGAAAGGCCUUAUCUGUGCAGUGAAUGUGGUAAUUCUUUUACCAGUAACACUACCCUUCAUCGUCAUCAGAGAGUUCACACUGGAGAAAAGCCUUUCCAAUGUAGUGAAUGUGGGAAAUCUUUUACGACAAUGCAUAGCCUUCAUUGUCAUCAGAGACUUCACACUGGAGAAAGUCCUUAUGAGUGCAAUGAAUGUGGGAAAUCUUUUACCCGGAGCAGUAGCCUCUGUAAUCAUCAAAGUUUACACACUGGCGAAAGGCGUUACGCAUGCAGUGAAUGUCCAAAAUCUUUUACCACUAGCACUGAUCUUGGUCGUCAUAAGAGAGUUCACACUGGAGAAAAGCCUUAUAAAUGCAGUGAAUGCGGGAAAUCUUUUGCCAGUAGUAGUUGCCUUCGGUGUCAUCAGAGAGUUCACACUGGAGAAAAGCCUUCUAAAUGCAGUGAAUGUGGGAAAUCUUUUACCACUAGCAGUGAUCUUCGCCGUCAUCAGAGAGUUCAUACUGGAGAAAAGCCUUAUAAAUGCAGUCAGUGCGGGAAAUCCUUUACCACUAGCAGUUAUCUUCGUUGUCAUCAGAGAGUUCACACAGGAGAAAAGCCUUAUAAAUGCAGUGAAUGUGCGAAAUCUUUUAUGACUAGCAGUGAGGUUCGGCGUCAUGAGAGAGUUCACACUGGAGAAAAGCCUUAUAAAUGCAGUGAAUGUGAGAAAUCUUUUACCACUUGGAAUGGCCUCCAUUAUCAUCACCAAUUUCACACUGCAGAAAGGCCUUCCUAAUGCAGUGAAUGUGGGAAAUCUUUUACCACUAAGACUUAUCUUCAUAGUCAUCGGGGAGUUGACCCAGGAGAAAAGGCUUAUAAAAGCAGUGAAUAUGGGAAAUCUUUUACAAGUAUCAAUGGUCUCCCAAUAUCAUCAGAGUUCAUACUGGAGAAACCCCUUAUGAGUGCAAUUAACAUAAGAUAUCUCUCAUCCAAAUGCUAAAUUUGUGAGACUUUUCUUAGUUGUGUAGGAUAUGUUCCUCAGGUCUUAACAAUAGCAUAAAAAAAUUGCAAAGUCUAAUUUGUCUACUUUAUAUCCCAUAUUUAAACACUUACAUUAUGUAAAGUCCCCACAGGUGUUUCCGCUGUUGUUUUUUAUAUUCGAACCAUAUGUGUGUAUGUUGCACUUUUUAACAUACAAAUGUCUUGCCAUAUCUGUCACUGCGUAUUUCUGUUGCUGAAGGUAUUUCACCUGCACCUCGUGUAAGGUCCCUACAGAUGGUAUUGAUCACCAUCCUCGUGUGCUCAGGGAAGCUAACUCUGUUGUCUGGUUUGUUGACGAAAAUUAGGAAUACCUGAUCCCUUAGGAAUUCUUAAUUCUUUUCAUUCUCAGGAGUUGCCACGUAGAACACGUUAAUGUUGGCAAACUGCCAGUCUCAUGUGCCUUUUGGUUUGUAAAAUAAUGCAUGCUUUUUACUAAGACGUCUUUAAUCUUGGAUGUUCCAUUUACUGUGUGGGUUAGUUUAUAAGGAGAUCUGGGCUCUCCAAGCAUGAUGAGGUAAGAAACGUUUUUGAGAUCUCAGACAUUCUUUGCCCUGGAGGGAACAGUAUGGUGCCGAAAUUAGCUCAGCAGUUUUUGCCUAAUUUACAUUGCUGCCCAUAUUUUCCUAGGAAACACUGUGGACUCUCUGGUCCUCAUGUGAAGAUGGAUGUUUUGAGACACAGAGAUCACUCCAAAGAGGGGGUAGCUGUGACCACCUCAAGUAUGUCUGGGAGCACUGAUUUUUUUUCCUGUUUUCAAGGAAGAUGCUAAGACAUUUGAAGAGAACCUCCUCCCCACGUCUUACAGUGGGCCAUGUGCCCUAAUGCCUACAUUGCCAUGGGUGAUGGUAAUUGGUUGGAGGACCAUAGCAGUUAGCGGAAACCAUUUCCGUGCAGAACCACUGGCAUAAUUGGUGUUGGAGGUGAAUACAGCUCAUUAGAUGGAAUGUUCCUUUUUCCUGUUUUCAAGGAAGAUGCUAAGACAUUUGAAGAGAACCUCCUCCCCACGUCUUACAGAGGGCCACGUGCCCUAAUGCCUACAUUGCCAUGGGUGAUGGUAAUUGGUUGGAGGACCAUAGCAGUUAGCGGAAACCAUUUCCAUGCAGAACCACUGGCAUAAUUGGUGUUGGAAGUGAAUACAGCUCAUUAGAUGGAAUGUUCCUCAUAGAAACGUGCAUCCAGGAAUGUUCUGAGGAAAAGUGUAUAGGAGCAUUGUGUACACAGACCUGAGGGUCUCCAGGCAUGUUUAUCUUCUGUGGAUGCAGUCAUUGUCAUUGGUUAUCAUCAAGAGGUUUUGUGGAUUCCUGUAGCCUCAAAGAUGUUCCCCUCAGAGCCAUUGGUGAGCUGGCAGAAAAACAAAGAUGAAGGCAAAGGGUGUCUUUAGUCCAGGGAUGUGGCUUCUGUGACCCAGCCAGCAUUCUUGUUGGUUUGGUUGAAAGUGCUCCAUUGUUUGUUAAAUUUUCUGUCACUAGGCAAGACAGUCGCCCAGAGGGUAUAAGAAGGUGGAUUGAAAAUAGAUUUGCCAAGCCGAAACCGGUUUGGCUCAGUGGAUAGAGCGUCGUCCUAUGGACUGAAAGGUCCCAGGUUCGAUUCCGGUCAAGGGCAUGUACCUGGAUUGCUGGCACAUCCCCAGUGGGAGAUGUGCAGGA